GUGCAGAUAUAGUCUAGACGUUUCACUGAACUGCUGAAGAAAAUGUUUUUCAUGCUUGUUUUGUGCUGUUUGUGGUGUCUGAUUGGUGUGUUUGGUGAAAUGCUGUCAGUGACGGAGGGAGAUUCUGUGCUUCUACACAAUGAUAUUACUGAAACACAUGAAGACAAAGUGAUACUGUGGAAAUUUGGAUCUGAAAACUCUCUCAUAGCUAAAAUCAGCAUUGAGAGACAAAAAUUCUCCACAUUUAAUGAUGUUCUUGAUGGGAGAUUCAGAGACAGACUGAAGCUGGACAAUCAAACUGGAUCUCUGACCAUCACAAACAUCACAAAUGAACAUGCUGGAGAAUAUGAAGUACUGAUAACUGGAGAGAAACUGACAACAAAAACAUUCAGUAUUUCUGUCUAUUCUCGUCUGCCUGUUCCUGUCAUCAGCAGUAACUCUUCACAAUGUUCUUCAUCAUCAUCAUCAUCAUGUUCAUUGGUGUGUUCAGCUGUGAAUGUGAGUCAUGUGACUCUCUCCUGGUACAAAGGAAACAGUUUAUUGUCCAGCAUCAGUGUGUCUGAUCUCAGCAUCAGUCUCUCUCUACCUCUGGAGGUGGAAUAUCAGGAUAAAAACACCUACAGCUGUGUGCUGAACAAUCCCAUCAGCAACCAGACUCAACAUCUGGACAUCACUCAACUCUGUCACACAUGUUCAGACUCUGUCCACUGUUGUGGUCCUACUGAAGCUGUGAUCCGAUUGGUCCUCUCUGCUCUGGUGGGCGUGGCUACUGUCAUUGUUCUGCUUUAUGACAUCAGAUCCACAAGAUGAGGAGUCAAGAAAUUGAUAUCAUAAAUAUUGUGACUAUAAUAGCACCUGUUAAUGUCUAAUUUCUACUAUCUGCCAUUUCUAUACUCCAAUAAGUUAUAACAAGAGGAAAGUGUACAUUGCUGUCGAUACCUGAAAUUUGAUUGAAGUUACGGGAUGUGUAAUUGUGCAGUGCUGUUGUUGAUUCAUUGUAUACUUGACGUGUGACUGAAUCCAAUGCAAUGUCAAAAACAAAUAUAAGGACAUACCAUGGUAUUCCAAACAAAUCAAAUAAAGUGCGUUGCUUUAGUAAACUUUCCACCUUUGAAAAACUGUAUCGGCUUGGCGUCUUUGAUUACCGUGCUCCUGCAUAACGUGCUUCUA